CUGAUGAGAAUGCCAUAUCCCGUGUCACGUGCAGUGGUGGACGCGAUUGGCAGACCUCACGCCGGUACGAUGCAGGGCCGCAUCGCCGCGUACGGUGCUUACGAUCAGUGCCUUGCUGUGAGGCACGACGAGGGACUUUUCCAGGGGAGGUACUGCAUGGUGCACCUGGAACACGAUGGCUCCCAGUUUUCGCCAAGCUUGAGAGUCAUCGUCAACAAUUUCGUCGAACACUACGGUCUUCAGUACGUUGGCAACUUGUCCAAGCAGGCGGAAAGCGGUUCGCGACUGGUCAUACCACUGUACAAGGUUGGACUGUGUGUGCCUUCAAUGUGCCAGAAGGACGAUCUGCAAGUUAUCAUUAACCACUUCACGAAAGACCUUGGAUCGCAGCUUAACGUAAAGUGGUGCGCGAUCGACGAGCCAGUUACAUUGGAUCGACGGCAAAGCGUGAUCCUGUGCAUAUUUGGAGUAUGGAUAUCCUUUGUGUUUUUCGGCACUGGCUACGACAUCUACAAAACAAUGUCAUCCACAAACGACAGCAAAGACAAUGUGAAAACAGCCUUUACAGGCUACUUUUCGAGCAUCGUGUCGUCGUUUUCACUUCGGAAGGGAUUCAAGAAACUGAUGGACAUGCCCAACUGGGGCGACUACUCCAACGACUUGGGCUUCGUGCACGGCAUGCGUGUACUGUCAGCUACUUGGGUCGUGCUUGGCCACAGCCACAUGGUUCGGGACGUACACGCCAGCUCUGACGGCAUUGGCUUUCUGAAAAGGAUUAGGGAAGACUUCCCCUUCACCGUCCAGGUGAACUCCUUUAUGGCGGUCGAGACCUUCCUCGUCAUCACGGGAUUUCUCUCAGGCUACCUGGUAAUGAAAUCUCCGCGACUGAAAAUGUCGCCAGUUCUCGUUAUCAUCGUGGCACUCUUCAGGCGUUACGUCAGGCUCAUGGUCCCGAUGGCGGCUGUGAUGGGCUUCAUCUACCUCCUACCCGCAAUUAUUGACGGCCCCAUGAUGAGGGAGCACAGGCGUUCUUUCGAAGAGCCCUGCGACAAGAACUGGUGGAAGCUGUUCACAAUGUCGCAAAACUACGCCGAGCGCUUCGGUGACUUGUGCGUUCCUCAUUUCUGGUACGUUGCCGUUGACUUCCAACUUGCAAUCGUCAGCACCAUCAUCCUGGCUGCUAUAAUGCCUAAGUGGCCUAAGGCGUCCAUGUGGAUCAUGGGCGCCAUUGUGGUUGCCUCGUCGCUUGGCACCCUGAUACAGACUUACGUCAUCGACGCGCUGCCAUUCGGCCUCAUCGUAACUACCGACAUGAAGAGGAUAGGCGAGGUGCAGACCGAGAUCUACAUCAAGCCGUACGCGCACGCCGCCACUUUGUUCGUGGGCGUGAUCUUCGGCAUCCUGGCCGUGCGGCGGCAUCGGCUGUCGCGGUUCGUCCAGGGCGUCGCCUGGGCCGCGGCCACGGUCCUCGCUCUGGCAGCGCUGCUUGGUGUGCGCACGUGGACGGUCGGCCGCCAGCCGGAGAGGCUCGAGUCGGCUUUCUACGGGGGCCUGCACCGCGUCUCCUGGGCGCUGGGCAUCGCAUGGGUCAUGUACGCUUGCGCCACGGGCCGCGGAGGUUUCGUCACCAAGAUCCUCGCCUGGCCCAUCAUGUACCCUCUCGGAAGGCUGUCGUUCGCGCUCUACCUCGUGCAUCUCGUCGUGCUGGGAUCCACGACAGUACUGGGACGAGAGCUCGUCAGUCAGCAGCCGUUCUUACACGCCCAGAUAUAUUUAGCCUUGGUCUUCGUGUCGUACGGAUUUGCCAUCGUCGUCUACCUCUUCGUCGAAUGUCCGGUUGCUGGACUGGACAACACGGCCUUCGAAAAAGUAAUGCCCAAGCACGGAAACCAAAGCGGCUCAAAAACCAAGAGCAUCGCUCAAGAGCUCAAGGCUAUCCACACUGUUCAAACUAACGGGACCAGCACGAAUUUCGAUUCAUCUCCUUCCACUCUUGCGAAUGGAUUUCCCGACGUGACUAAGCCUUCUAGCAACGGCACUCAUCUUUACGGCCACGUAAAUAGCGCUUGGGAAAAUGAUAUACACGACAGAGACACGGAGGGCGAUGUAGCCGUAAUCUCCGUAAAGUUCUGAGCGAACGAUCACUCGUAUUAACAGAGAAAAGCGCGCUUGACUCACACAACGGCGCCGUUAUUUAGCUGUUAUUUAGUCUACGCAAGAGCUUCGGCCAGCAUGACUCCAUGCCACGCUAUCAGCAGAGAAGCGCAUGCGCUCGUAACACGUGCUGAAGAAGACGUUUCGCAAGCUGGUGUUAAGCUGUUCAGAUGUGUAAAUAGUUUAUUGAUGAAUAGCGCAAUCAUUGCGAUGCGUUUCUUUGGGUUGUACAGAUUUUCCUUGUGCACAUAGGAUCUCGUUUAUUCCCCCUCUCGCUGAAAAUAAAGU